UUCGCCGAACCAGCUCUAAGCAGGAUUCCCCAGGCUGCUCCAUCACUCCCUGCGAUUCGCUGUCCCGGACUUUCUCCUGCCUCACCCCGGAAUCCGUGUUCAACUCUUCUCUGGAGAAGCUGUUCUUUGCCAGCCACUCGGAGAGGCUGGCUCCCCACGCGGCAGGCAGCACCCCUCUGCCCUCACACCCAUCCCGGGCUGCGGCGUUGGCAGGAGGGUAAAGGAGCCACCAACUCGCGGGAAACUUCCUCGAGGGAGAUGCCUGGGGUUUUCGGGCUUCCCCAGCCCUUUCGCGCGGGGCCACACGGCAUUCAGUAAAGUGGUGCCGCAACUAUCGCAGGGUCUGAACUGCAGAGACUCGGGCCGCCCGCAGCAACACAUCCCCGGCAAGGAACGGCGCCCUUUACCGCUGCAUGCGCCCAGGACGCCGCGGCCGCCAGCCCGGGGCUGCUGGGGGGCUCGGCGGGUGCAGAGACUGAGCGCCACGAUGCUUUGUUUUCCUGCCGCAGAAACCCGAGACGGUCUCUUUCCUCUAGACUUAACCGGCCCGCAGCAAUAGCCAUGGAAGUUGCGGCGACACAGGAGAGGGAACCACUUGGCGCGGCAUCGUUACUGGAUGUUUCUUCUCUCCACAGACCGCUUCUUUCCUCCUUCCUGGGUGGCCGUUCCUGCAGCAGCACCCCCGGUGUGCCAGCCCAAGGGCGCCACUAACGGGCACUACGCGGCCCCACGCCUCUCCAUCUCCUCCCGAGCCACAGUGGUAGCCAGAAUGGAAGGUGCCUCCCAGGGGGGCCUGCAGACCGUCAUGAAGUGGAAAACAGUGGUUGCUAUCUUCGUAGUCGUGGUGGUCUACCUCGUCACUGGCGGUCUCGUCUUCCGGGCAUUGGAGCAGCCCUUUGAGAGCAGCCAAAAGAACACCAUUGCCUUGGAGAAGGCAGAAUUCCUGCGGGAUCAUAUCUGUGUGAGCCCACAGGAGCUGGAGACAUUGAUCCAGCAUGCCCUUGAUGCUGACAAUGCAGGAGUAAGUCCAAUAGGAAACUCUUCCAACAACAGCAGUCACUGGGACCUUGGAAGUGCCUUUUUCUUUGCUGGAACUGUCAUCACCACCAUAGGGUAUGGGAAUAUUGCUCCAAGCACUGAAGGAGGCAAAAUCUUUUGUAUUUUAUAUGCCAUCUUUGGAAUUCCACUCUUUGGUUUCUUAUUGGCUGGAAUUGGAGACCAACUUGGAACCAUCUUUGGGAAAAGCAUUGCAAGAGUGGAGAAGGUCUUUCGAAAAAAGCAAGUGAGUCAGACCAAGAUCCGGGUCAUCUCAACCAUCCUGUUCAUCUUGGCCGGCUGUGUUGUGUUUGUGACGAUCCCCGCCGUCAUUUUCAAAUACAUCGAAGGGUGGACGGCUCUGGAGUCCAUUUACUUUGUGGUGGUCACUCUCACCACGGUUGGCUUUGGUGACUUUGUGGCAGGGGGAAACGCUGGCAUCAAUUACCGGGAGUGGUAUAAGCCCCUAGUGUGGUUUUGGAUCCUUGUUGGCCUUGCCUACUUUGCAGCUGUCCUCAGUAUGAUCGGAGAUUGGCUACGGGUUCUGUCCAAAAAGACAAAAGAAGAGGUGGGUGAAAUCAAGGCCCACGCGGCGGAGUGGAAGGCCAACGUGACGGCCGAGUUCCGGGAGACGCGGCGGCGGCUCAGCGUGGAGAUCCACGACAAGCUGCAGCGCGCGGCCACCCUCCGCAGCAUGGAGCGCCGGCGCCUGGGCCUGGACCAGAGGGCCCACUCGCUCGACGUGCUCUCGCCCGAGAAGCGCUCCGUCCUCGCCGCGCUGGACACCGGCCGCUUCAAGGCCUCGUCCCAGGAGAGCAUCAACAACCGGCCCAACAACCUGCGCCUGCAGGGCUCGGAGCAGCUGAACAAACACGGGCAGGGGGCGUCCGAGGACAACAUCGUCAACAAGUUCGGGUCCACCUCCAGGCUCACCAAGAGGAAAAACAAGGACACCAAGAAGGCCUUGCCCGAGGACGUGCAGAAGAUCUACAAGAGCUUCCGGAAUUACUCCCUGGACGAGGAGAGGAAGGAGGAGGAGGGGGAGAAGGUGUGCAACUCGGACCACUCCAGCACGGCCCUGUUGACUGACUGCAUCCAGCCGCAGGCCGGAGCGGAGGACGGGGUGGUCCCCACGGACACCAAAGACAGGGAGCCAGAGAACAAAGCGUUACUUGAAGACAGAAACUAAGAGGUAAGGACGUUGGACUGCACCCAGCGUUGUGGGUUUUUUUUAUAUUCACCCUGAGACACGUGCCUUAAACAAGACUUCUCCUUAGUCCGAAGUUACAUAGCAUCGAAGACUCUGUCUCACUGUGCCAUAAACCACUGAGAAAGCUUGCUCUGCCAAAAGGAAUUGAAGGACGAGGACUUGCCGCCAGGGCCGCAGGACACCCACGGAGCCUUCGCACGCGUAGGAGGUCACGAGCGCGUCCGAGGCGACGCUGUGCCCCCGGGCAGUGCCGUCCCGCUACGGCGGGUAGCAAAAGGGCAGCUAUUCUGUAGACCAGCCGUCUGAAAGGAACACGUGUGUCGUUUAAAUGGACCUACCCUUAGCGAUAUGUGCACACACAGAAGGGGACAGGAUUCAGGGGGUGAAGUGGCACCUGUAACUAGGGUUAGAGCGGGCACUUCGGACAUGUUCUGAGCUCCAAUUUUGAUACAAACCGUUCAGCGCGUACCUAGUCUUUCUAAGCUCCAAAUCAAUGUCCUUGGGACCCGAGAGAGCACCUGGAAUGUGUUGGCAGCAGAUCAGAGAACACGUAUUAAAAGGUGCAAUUGCUUUCCUCAUUACAGAAGAAAAAAAUAAAAAAAAUCACAAACACAUCACACUGUGGAUAUUACCUUAACCAAUGACUGAAGCCUACCGAAUUUUGUCUUUCUCACGGGGGCGGGUAGUCCAAACAAACUUGCAAGCAUUGGUGAGAACUCACCCUCAGCCGCUGCAUGGUUAAAGGCAAAAAUCAUGCAUUUUCCUCAGUGGGUGCAAUGGUGAAAAUAAACCGGUUUUGAAAUGUUCACGUUCACUUUUCUAGUGGAACUUAUGUUACAAUUUGUUUUGGUAAGAGGGGGAAAAAUACCAAAACUAUCAUUGCCUUGCAUGAUGCCGGUGGCUUGCUGUUCUGUCUAGCUGAUCCUAAAUUUUUAUGAAAAAUAGGCAUCCUGCAUGUCUGAGACAUACCAAGGAGGACCAUGGCAUCAUUCCAUCUCAGGGCUUCUUGUCCCUUUGGGUGUCUUAGGGUAGACAUAGUGACCCAAGGUCCAGUCUUACUGUCUGCAAACAAAAGGAAACUUAACCCCUCAACCAACCCUUGUACAGGAAGAUUGAAUUGUUUUCAUUGCUUGCCGCUUAAGUGCCAUUAUUGCCGUUUUUGAAAAAAAAAAAAAAACUUAAAAGAAGUAUUUGAAAGAUUUCACUUUCAUGUUCGGGUGUUCCUUUAUUCUGAAAGCAUCACUUCUUUUCCUUGCUCGUUUUUUUAUCUCACCCCUGCUAGCCACUAAAAUUGGAACCACUGUGAUUGUUUCUAGGCAAACAGGUACCAGCACGCGAUAGAACAUCCAGUGAAGGAGAGUCGGGGGGUGGGGGGAGUGGCAAGUCGUAGGUUUGAAGAGGGAGAUUCUAAGUGGAUUUUUAUCAGAAAGGGAAAAAUGUGUCCUAGACCAACCAUCCUGUGUGUGCCGCCGUCUUUUCCAGAGUUGGCUGGCCAUUGUGCUGGUUCCAACUUAGCUGUUUGGGCCACACACUUCAAGCAGUUGGACCUGGUAACACCAGGAAGUUGCUGGUUUGGAGAUGUCACAUAACUAAUACCACAGAGUGGACUUAUCAGGUCGCAGGACCAGCAAAGACUUCCAGAAAUCCAUAGUGCUUUCCGACUUCCAGGGAAAAUUAUACCCACCACAUCCCUGACUACUGAUAGCACGGCAGACCUCUCUUCCUGCCCAGUUUUCAAAAAUGCACAGCUCUCCCUUGUCUGGAGCACACACAGCCCCUCUCCAUCCCCCAUUUUUCCCCCCCGCCAAAUUUUAGGCUCUAGUUAAAGUUCUGGCAUUACUUUGGGGAAGGAGCCAAGUAAGAAUCGAGUUUGCUGAGGUCCUUCCUGUCCAAGGCAGGUUUGGGGGAAGGCCUCCAUGGGGCUGGAGCCGUGGCUCACUGGCGACACCCUGUGUCCACACAGUGAUACACAGGCACCUGGGAACAGUGCAUGUGCAGGGUGGGCGUUGGUUCUCACUGCCAUCGUUCCAGCCUGUCAAAGUGUGUUUUAAGAAAUUGGUAGGUAAGUGGGACUUUCUUCUUCUGACAAGUUAAAAGCUUCGUGAUUAAACUCCCCAAGGAUCUCAUUCAUUUGAGUUUCCACCCUCUGUUACUUGGAACUUUUAUAGUAGUGGGCUGAAGUUCUAGACCCUAGAGCCAAGUCUGGCGGAAAGGCUUCCCUAUCGUACAUCCAGUGGCUUCUGUGGACCAGGCACUAGAUGAGGCACUUUACGGCCGUGGGCUCACUGAAGCCUCACAGCGAGACUCCGCAGGAAGGGUUUGCAAACCCAUUAUGCAGAUGAUGACACGGAGGCUCAGGGAAGAGCACACAGCAAGAAGGGACUAGAGCUGGUAUUCGAAGUCUGUCUGACCAAAGUCUGCUUUCCCCUUUCUAUGGUGUCCAUGCUGUGCACCUUUGUGAGUGUGAGUGUGUGUGUCUGUGCAUGCGUGUGUGUCUUUCUAGUUUCAUGGACACAGCAUACAGAUAUGGGAGAAGGUCUUUACUAUCAAGAGGGUCUAAGGGCUUUGUGUAAACAGGGCCUAAUGGGUUGCGCUUGCAGACGCUUACGGUACAUUCUUUUGGUCUCAGUGUUGGGAACGCUGUAUGGGGGGCCCCUUCUGUAUUGUUAAAAAUGCCCUUUGAAAGCACGCUUUUGCACUUUACUUGCUUACCUUGCGGGAACUCGGCGUACAGCUGGAAUCAAACAGCUCAAAGCACUAAGCUGCACGCUCUACCAAACAGAACAGGUGUUGGUGUGUGCAAGGCACUGGCCCCAACAAGCCAAGCCACGGUAAUGUGGAGAAAGGAUCAGCUGGGAGUUCCCGAGUACCGAUGGGGCUAAGGCCCUGAUAUAUAAGAUCAAAGAAGAGCCCUCCCUUCAUGGAGACUGAUCCACUGAAUAUGUGGGCAAAGUGUUUGACAAACUAUGAUGUUCUCUCCAGAGGAGCAGCUGAGGGGGCCUGAGAGUCUGGACCCCACUUCCUGCGGACGAGCUAAGAUUUGAGGGGAGGCUAGUUGUUUUGGAGCUGCUUGAAAGCCCCCUUUGUAAAAGGGGGCCAAAUAACACGUAGAAUUCACAUGGCUAAGGCAGAGCUGCAUUAGAGUCAGGACACGCACAGCCCCACCCUUCCAAGCUCCGUUCUCCACCUGCCCCCCAUACACCUGCAGAAAAUGUUUUGGUUUUGCACACGGGAAGGGCACAGGUGUGGCUUGUCAGUGGGUGGUGUCCAUCAUUCCUCCUGGUGGAUGGGGAUUGAAUUUUUCCUCCACAGCAGAUAUGGUGAGAGCCAAGAGACAAUUGGGAGAGAAUUCAGCUCGAUGCCCAGUCUUAACCCAGUAGCGACUCUAGGACGUUAUCACUUUUGGGAAAGGGCCUUAAUGUGUGCGUAGGUAGAGGUGUCCCUGACCUACAGCUAAGGGGACUGGGACUAUUUGUCUGUGCUCUGCAGUCCCAGCCUGUGGUCUUGGGUACCUCAGACCCCUUGCCUGUAUCUCUCUGUUACCUCAUCGGCACAUCAAGGCAGUUGAACACACAGUCGUCAAGGUCCCUUUUAGUUCUGCAGUUUUCUGACCAAACAUUCCCUGGUCCAUGAGUUAAUUAAAUUUACUAAGACUAUUGAUAGCUGGAUUUUCAAAUACUGACUAAUGGGACCCACUUCUUUUAGGUGAAGAUGAGAGCUUUGUCUCCUGCCCUUGGGGAUUUUUUGUUCUGGGUGACUGAUGGAGACCAGAUGUAUUUGGGAGCCUGGUGUCCAAAUUAGGACCAUGCCCUGUGUAAACUCACGCUGUUCUCCUUUACAGUGCACUGUCACCUGGAAAUCAGGCUAUGCGGGCAAUUUUUGCAUGGUGUCAAGACUAUUUAAAGAAUUUUAAGUUGUUGCUAUUUGGAGUCAUUUGUAGUAAUGAUUCCAUUUGAUUACUUUAUGGAUUCAUAUAAUAUAGAUAUUGCUCACUCAGACAGACAGACAGACAGACACACACACACAGAAAUGGCUGCUCUGAGUCCUCUGGGGACCAUUCUGUGUUGAACGUCUUAGUUGAGUUAGACGUUAACAGAGCACCCCUGCCUCCCUCCGAGAUGAUAUCACUUCCUGGCUGAGUCGACACUGCCCAUAUAUCGGUAUGCUUGGUUUUGGGGGCUUAGUGAGAAUGUGGCCAGAAUUUGGUUAGGGCAGGUUUUAACUCACUAUAUUGGGUAAGAAUGUAGACCCUUCAAUAUGUACUAUGGUUUCUGAACCAUAAGAGAAGCAUAGGAAAACCAACAUGCAGAGACUCCGAAAUGAAAAAAAAAAAAGAUUUGAAAGAUUUAAAAAAGCCAGUAUUACAUUUCAUGUCUCUGCUUCCCGCAUCCCGUUAAUGUUUCAAGUGGGGGUUAUUCUUUCUCACGGUUAUGAUGCAGUUGUGUGCAAAGACAGUGGCUGUGUGAGCAGGGCGAGCUCUCGGUGGUGGAGUGUGAGAGCUAGUUAGUCAUGGCCUUAAAAAAUAAAAAUGGCAACUUUCUGAAACAAAGGUGACUUUGAUUUGACGUUGUGGAUGGCUGCGACUUCUGCGUGUGGAGACUUUGGAACAGCAGGCUGAUUCCAUGGCUGUGAAUAAAGUCCCGCCCUCUGUCCUUGCUCGAGGAACCAGCUGCAUUGUGCUUCACCAGCCCGCCCACAGUCCAUGGAAACCUCUGCCCUCCCCUGGCGGUCCCUGGGUCAUGUGACAUCAGCACCGUGGCAAUGAAGAGAAAUGAGGUGUCUCUGAUUUGACCGAAAGUGAUCGUGUUCACAGGUGCCUAAGAGAUUUGGAAUCUUUCUGUUCUUGGUCUUAAGCAAAAAAUCUCAAAUAGUUCCCUGUGCAUUAAAAAAAAAAAAAUCCUUGAGAGCAUUCCCGCUCCAUCUCUACAGCAGUCCUGUGCUGCCGAGGAUAACUGGGAAGCCUCCCCUUUGCCAUCAGGGCGCUGAGUUUGAAGGGAGACGGUGCAGGGGUGCCUAGAAGCGAUAUGCAAACCGACCCACGUGCCAGCCUCCGGCCCCUUCCCCGUCCCAGAAUCCCAGGCAGGGGGCCCUGUGACGACGAUAAACCCAUGUGUGGAGGUGUUUUACCUAUUUUUCU